AUCGUCUUCUUCCACCAGACCACCACCAUCUCACAGCAGCUUUCUCUCUCUCUCUCUCUCUCUCUCUCUAACUUGGCUCCCUUCUGCAACCUUCUACUAUCCCCAUCUUCAAUCAAAGAACCCAUAUCUUUAUUAUUCACAUCUCCCAAGCUAGGUGGAAGGAAGAAAGCUUAUCCCCAAUCCCAUUCUCCCUGCCUACCCUACAAAAACAAAAAAAACUAAUUGAGAAAAAAAACCCACCUCCAGAAGAUAAGCAAAAUCCAAAUCCAAACAUCCCUUUCCAUCUAUAUCCAGAAAAGGAAAAAACCCUAAAAAAGAAAAGCAGCCAUGAAAGGAGAAUAUCUAGACCACCACCCACAUCACCAUCCUCCUCCUUCUUCAAAGCAUGAAACCAACAUGUUCUCCAAGCUUCACCAUCACCAACUCCCUUUCCCCACUCACCACUUCCACCUCGACGAUUCUUCCGAUGACCCGCGCCGCUCCCCGUCUCCUCCUCCACCACAACCAAUUUCCUCUUCCAAACCCAACUCGGCCACCUGCGACGGCGCGACGAUCGAGGUCGUGCGGCGGCCCAGGGGCCGUCCCCCUGGGUCCAAGAACAAGCCCAAGCCGCCAAUCAUAAUCACCCGCGAGCCUUCCGAAUCCGACCCGCCGCCCAUGAGCCCGUACAUCCUCGAGAUCCCUGCGGGAUGCGACGUCGUCGAGUCGGUCUCCCGAUUCUGCCGCCGGAAGAGCAUCGGGCUGUGUGUGCUCACGGGGUCGGGAACCGUCGCCAACGUCACGCUCCGUCAGCCGUCCGCCACCCCCGGCGCCACCGUGACGUUCCACGGGAGGUUCGAUAUUCUUUCCGUCUCGGCAACUUUCUUCCCACAACAGAGCGCGGCGGCGGCGCCGAAUCCGAACUCGUUCUCGAUUUCGCUCGCGGGUCCGCAAGGGCAGAUCGUCGGCGGCAUUGUUGCUGGGGGUUUGGUGGCUGCUGGGACGGUGUUCAUCAUCGGGGCGACGUUUAGCAGUCCAAGUUUUCACAGGCUGGAUGAUCAGGAAGUGAGGAGCUCCGGAUCCGGCGGCGGCGGUGGUGGAGAAGCGGUUGCUUCUUCGCCUGCGAUUUCAGGCGCCGGCGGCGGAGAUUCGGCUGGGGAUGGCGGGAUGCAGCAGCCGGCGAUUUGGCCGGACAAUAUCAGACCACCAGCUGCUGCUGCUGCCGGUGGAGGGAACGAGAUUUUGUGGGGUGACAUCACCACACCGCCGUCAAGCAGGGGGCGACACGUGGGAAGCGAGAUGAUGUGGCCACCGCCGCCGCCGAACAGCAGAGCAGGGCCGCCGCCCGCGCGAUCCCCACCGCGAAGCGAGAUGAUGUGGCCGCCGAACGGGAGACAGUCUUCGUCCAGGUCGCCGCCUCCACCGCCUUACUAGGAGAAGAAGUAGGCCGUAGUUGAGUUGAAGUAGAUGGGAAUUGUGACCCGUAGAUCGGCCCGAACCCGAGCAAACCGACGGCCGAAUCGGGACGUGAAACCCAUGCACAUUGGACCACUGAUGCGAUGGGUUUGGUUCUUUUGUUUAGCUUGUUAUAUUUCUUUAGCAAUUAGUUAGCUAUGGUGGAUAUCUUUUGCAGGUUGUUUGUUAGGGAAAAUGAUCACCUUGAGUGGUGUUCUUGAAUAGGCUUCAGGAUGGAGACCGCCUCUCUUUAAAUCGUAGAAUCAUCGAUGUUAAUCCGAUCUUAGUUCUUAGGGUUUUUCAUUUCGUCAUGUUGAAUCAAGUUUCAAGUUUCAAGUUUCAUAGACAUAUUACAACUAAUUCGUCACUGCAAUUGAGUGUUUCUUCAGGUCAUCUACAAUCUCUUCUGCAUUCGUGAUAAUAGAGGAAAAUACAAACAAUACAUGAAUACAAGGACUGCUUAAGAACAGCAGUAAGUUGCCACCAACGCAGGACGUUUCGACCGUUACAACCUCGUAGAAAAGUCCCAAAAGCUCUCUUCUCUUUCCUAUCGCUUAUUGAUCUCAAAGGUUACCCCGUUGCUAAUCUCGGUCGAAAGCUGUCCAGGAAGUAGGGAUGGCAAUGGGUAGGGGACGGAUAGUGCAUAUCCGUUACCCUACCCAAAGUAAUUCGGAUUUUACCCAUGUCCAUACCCACAUAUAAAACGGGUAGAAAAUUAAAACUAUGCCCAUACUCAUUCGGGUUUCGGGUAUCCACGGUUAUCCAUGGGUAAUUAUUUCUCUUCAUAACUCCAACUAAUAUGUUAACAUUCACACGUAUUCUCACAUUACGCAAGAGGAAAAGUAUGACAAUAAUUCACUAAAAUGAAGAAAAUUAAUUAAA